AUGUCGACAAACACCAAAGACGUCGGUGAAAGAUCGAAUAUUUCAUUACAUUCUUGUACAUUCGGACCCUCACCGGUAUAUGUCGACAAUCACAGCUAUGCUCUGGUGGAGGUCGAAAAGAGAGGAGCCGACAAAGAGGCGACUGGCUGUUUCUCGCCAAAUAUUACAUAUGAAGUUGUAAUGUUGUAUUUAAAUCUAUGCAAACAGUGUCAAAUGAAACACAGUGCACCUAAGAAAGGUAUUGUUGUGAAACCAAUGAUCAGUUCUGAGUUAAACUCAAGAUGUCAAGUUGAUCUGAUAGAUCUGCAAUCAAACUCAGAUGGUGAAUAUAAGUUCAUAAUGGUGUAUCAAGAUCAUUUAACUAAGUUUGUCCAGCUACGACCUUUGAAAACUAAGAGGGCUGAAGAAGUAGCGUAUCACGUUCUUCCAAUAUUUUUAACGUUUGGUGCUCCAGCAAUAUUGCAAUCAGAUAAUGGUAGAGAAUUCAGUAAUCAAGUCAUAUCCGAAAUAUGCGCCAUGUGGAAAGAUGUUAAGAUAGUUCAUGGAAAGCUUCGUCACAGUCAAACACAAGGCUCAGUUGAAAGGGCCAAUCAGGAUAUACAGAAUAUGUUAACUGCAUGGAUGAACGAUAACAAUACAAAUAAAUGGUCAGAAGGUUUACCCUUUGUUCAAUUUGCCAAGAACACUACAUACCGCGAAGGAAUACGUCAAAGUCCUUAUGAAGCCAUGUUUGGCAUUAAAGCGAAAAGAGGCAUAGCAUCGUCUUUCGAAACUGAGGAACAACUUGAAGGAAUUGCCAAUACUUUUGAAACCGAAGAACAGCUUGAAAAAACUGGUAAUACUUCUGAAAAAAAUUUGAACGGUGGUCUAACCGAAAACCAAACUCCAAAGAAAAAUAUUGAAGAGGACUUGCAAUUUACCACGUCUUCACAUCAAGUUAAACUUGCGAAUAAAAAUGGUACCCUCUAUAAACUUGCGAAUGAAAAUGGUACCCUCAAGCAGCUUUACACACGUAAUCAGUUCGAAAUUUGUAAAGAAAAGCUCCUUUCCAUAGAUAAGAUUUCUUUUCAAGAAAUUUCGCUGAGAGAAACAGCUGCAGCUAAUUCGAGAAGCGGUCGGCAAGGCUAUACACGCUGUCAUUGCAAAAGGAAGUGUUCCACAAAUAAAUGCAGUUGUAAAAGCAAGGGCCUCUUGUGCAAUUCAAAGUGUCAUAAUAGUUUAAGUUGUUGCAAUAAAUAA